UCAAAUGACAGUGUAGGCAGCAUUCUUUAGGCUUGACUAGUUGAGCACGUUAGCAACCAUUGGCUAAGAGCUGCUAACAUGAAACAGUGGAUAGCUACUAUAAUAGUGUCUACCCUCUUACUGGGAACAGUGUACGGACAAGGAGCUGAGCUGCAGCUUGGAGGAGUGAUAUUGUCUAACAAUAGUUUAGUGGAUGCUAGCAGUAUAUCUGAGACCAUCCCCCUGAUCUGUGGUACUAUCUGCUGUGAGGAGGUGGUGUGGACACUGCCCAAUGGGACGACAGCUAUAGACUACCAGGUCAGCAACACAUCACUGGGUGUGUCCAACGGAACUAAACUGCCCUCCGGAGUGUACAGGUGUACAGUGAGCAACCAGAGUAUCUAUGUGGGCAUCUACUGCACUAAUGCUUCUACUAAUGACGGUAGUCUGAGAAUACAGGGUCUGAGCUACAACACUUCCACAUGCACUCUGACCUGUGUCUCCAGUGGUGGGCCAGUCACCACGGUCCAGUGGCUACUGGAGGGGAACUCCCUCAAUCAGUCAGACCAGUCCACCUACAUAGCGGACAGGGAGACAGGGAGGUAUAGACACACCCUCAGGCUCAUGAGUGCGGGCUCAGGGCUAUACUCGUGUGUGGUGGAGAAUACACAGGGAAACACAUCACAAGACCUGCAACUGUGCAUUGAGGGAUCACUGAGGUUACAAGGAGACUUGUACGAUGCUGUGCUGCAAAUAUGCAUGCUUAAUGUGUGGCAGGAUGUAGUGCUUGUCAAUCCUUUCUUACCCGGUACCAGUGAUGGAGGGGAAGGACUGUUUCCCCUCGAGCUUGAGGCCACAGACUCUACUAUCACAGUCCAUUGGAACAUCAGUGGUAGUGCCUACGAAGUGGCCUGCAGCAAUGGCGCCGUAUCCACUCGAUCCGUUCUUGAGGGGCACAAGAAACAAGUCACUUUCUCAGCUAGUGCAGCCAUGAGGUAUAACUGCUGUGUCAGCAUUCUCUGCAAUGAAAGUGGGCGUAUCUACACCCGCACUGAGCAUGCGCGAAGCUGCAGCAGUGUUGAGACAGAGCCAGAGCAGCCAGAGCAGCCAGAGCCAGAGCCCCUGUUGAGCACUCUGGAGAUUGCUUUAAUCGUACUGGGAGUUGUCUUGCUCUCACUGCUCCUACUGGUAGCUCUGUGCGGCUGUCUGUGCUCACUGUCUACGAGGAGGAAGAAAAACCAAUAUGAGGUUCAUUUGAGGGAGCAAUCUAAUCACUACACUAAGCAGAGAAUAACGCUAAUGACACGUCCCACUAGUGAAUCUGCCUUCGCUCUGCAGGACGUGGGGGGGGGCGUACUCUUCAACAAGAAUGCACAAGAAGAGUUACAGGAGACAAUCACGUUUGCUCCAGCACAGAAGCGAGACAACAAUAUGGAGAAAUCUGUCAAUACUUCUAAAGAUGAGCCUCAACCAGCUGGUCGACCCACCAGUACGGAGGAGGAAGCUAGCAAUCCAAUGUAUGGGUUGGUUUCACAUGGAGAUGAACCAGUACCCAGUACAGAGGAGGAAGCUAGCAACCCAGUGUAUGGUUUGGUCUCACAUGAAGAUGAGGCUGAUAAUCCUCUCUAUGUUGCUGUAAAGCGUUGAGCAAAUGUGGGCAGCCUUCAAUGACUGUAGAUAUAUAUGGAAGGAUUUUUCACAUUAUUUUUUUUAUCACAUUUUUUAUCAAUAAUGUGUAAACUUAGUUAAUGAUCUUUACCAUAUCUAACUUUGAAGAGA